GCUGCAAAUAAAUAAUCUGAGUCUGUUGCGUAUAAAUGCCAAAUUUUUAUAUCCCUUGCCGAACCCCCCUUCCCCUAUCGUGCGGCUCAAGUUCACUAUAGCAAACUAUUUUAACUACAAGUUCACACGUAAAUAGAUAAUGUUCCUUCAGACCUUAAUUAUAUCCUACCUUCUUCCCGCCGCAUCCCUAUGCGCCGCUAACUGCGAGCCUCGACUAGAUACAUACCGAACACCCAGAGGUCCGCUCACAACCACCUUCACGCCGCCGUCGAGCUGCGCUACCGAAGUGCGCACUACCGACAUUGGCGGAUGGCCCGGCCUUCAACAAGGCUGCGAGGGUCCCGGAGGCGGCGAUGACUGCUGCCCGCCAGAUUGGGCGAGAGGAAGAUAUUUCAGGCCAGGGAUUUGUCCAUGGGGAUAAAUAUAUGACUUGCACUUUGUCCUCGUCGGCACAGAGGGUGGAAACAACAAUCAACUGCUGCCCGUCCUCCUUCGAAUGUGCAGAUGACGCCGACAGGCUCUGCAAAAGAUACCUGAACACCCCCGUUUCCCUCCCCUUUCCACCCAACGAGGCCAUCACCACCCGAACCGCGCGCAUCGUCUAUGCCACACCAAUCCAAAUCCGCUUCCAAAUGACCGACAGCUCCGUCGUGCCCAUCCCCACCGAGUCUCUGAAGCUACCUCAUGCCCGCAAGCCUUUAUCCAAGGGUGCAAAGGCCGGGAUCGCCGUUGGCGUGGUCGCUCGUGUGGUUUUGGGAAUCGUUGCGGCGGGCUGCUGGAGCAAGAGGGUUAAAAUGCGUACAAUGCUUACUGCUGCUGCUGCUGCUGUUCCGUUUUAUGGCGGUAACGAUGCAUCAGUGCCGCUGCAGGGACAGGUGUAUCCGCCAGCCAUAAAUGAGCAGGCAACGGUUCCUCCUACAUACCAUGAUGCGACAAGGAAGUGAUAACUGUAGUAGAGUCUUUUCAGCUUGCCAUUAUGCAUCUAGAUGGUGGCUCUUCAUUCUAUAUGUGUUGUCAGUUCAUCUUAUGAAGUCAUGUACACAAAGGGGGGUUCUUUAGGCUUUGGGGCAAGGGUUUUAUCUUUCUGAGCUAGUUCAUCACCCAAAUCACUGACCUAAAUAUAGCUAUGUAUGCACAGAUGUACAGCUGCUUGGAGCACUUCAAUAUGGCCAUUAAUUCAUCAUGUG